AGGUACAAAAGGAAGGGGGAAUUUCUAACACAGUAUCUGCAUUAAUAAAUACAGGAGAGACAGUGAACUAUUCUAUGCAUGCAACAGCUAAUCCCCUGACUUUACCACUUCAAAGUGAGAUUGUAAAAUCCGAACCUCCACUACACAUAAAUUCCCAAGAAUGUUAUGAUGAUAGCCAACUUACAAACUGGCUGGAAGUCAAAAGACAAAUUUGCAAAGAAGAAAACAUAAACCCCCUAGCAAUGCCGGUGUUAUUUAGUCAGCAGGCGGGCGGUCCAAGAACAUGGACAGCUAUUCCACCCCAGGAGAUAAAAGAACUGCGAAAAGCGAUAAAGGACAGUGGCAUUUGCUCUCCAUAUUUUAAACAACUACUGAAAAGUACACUAGAAGAGCAUACUCUCACACCCAAUGACUGCAAAAAUCUUGCUAGCAUCACCCUUACAGAUUCGCAAUUUAUGCUAUGGGAAUUGAAAUGGAAGAGACUACUCAGAAAUGUAUUGGACAAUUAUAGACGUAGUAAUGAUCCAGAUUUGCAUGCUCUCACCCUGUCAAAGCUCACAGGUGAACCUCCAGAUGACCGAAAUGAAAAAGCUUAUAACCUUAUUAGCCAAGAAGCCUCUGAGCCAUUCACAACAUUUGUGGAUCAUGUAAUUCAAGCUGCUGAACGCCAGUGUGGUGAUGAUAUAGCCCGUCCAAUUAUGAUACGGGACAUUAUCGAAAAUAAUGCUAAUGCCGAAUGUAAGAAGGUGAUCAAAGCCCUGGGAAAAGAAAAGCCAACAGUGCCAGAAAUGAUAGACGCUUGUAACAAAAUAGGAAGUCCACAACAUGUCGCAGCAAUUCAAGCAACUGAAUUGGGGAGAACCUUAGGGGAGAAGCUGGAAAAAGCUCUUUUAGCACAAACAUCACAAGCUGCAGUAAUCGCGGCUCAAGCAGAGGCACGAGAUCAAAAGCUCACUGAAAUCCUAACUGCGCUACACCUGAAUUCACAGAAUACCCCUAUGGCUGUGAUGCCUGCUGCAGCAUUCCCUUCGGGACAUUGCUAUUUCUGCAAGAAGCCUGGGCAUUUUGUAAAAAACUGCCCAGAGGCCAAAAGAGCUAAUCCAACAUUUGGCCAAGGUCCCGCCUACAAGAAGGGAAGCCAUCAUCCUUUGCAACGCCGAAACAGAUAUGAUAUAGGCAGAAAAGAUAUUUCAAAAAACUUCAAAACGAGCGCGCAUUGUCACCGCGCUACGAAACAAGUAGUGACAUUUCAGACACCCAAGGGAGAAUCGACAAAUGCCCCGACUGUGAAACCUUGCACUUUGACACCAGUAGACCCUCAGGCAACAAACCAGCUUUAUUACCCCCAGGGUUCUGGUGCACUCUGGCAUCCUCCAACCCAACAACCUUUCUAAGGGAGAACAGCUAUGACCUUAUUUCAACAGGGAUUACUGGGACUUCUCAGGGUAGGCAAGACUUUCUAAUUAUUGGUAAGGAGAGAAAUGGUAUA